UCUAAGGUUCUUAAAAUGAGUUUGACAUUUGCAUUUGACGUCAUAGACGUCAAAAAAUAUAUAAAAAAAACCCUCAAAAAACCAAUUUUGGAUUUUCUCAGCCGGUCUUGUCAAUCUUGUUCUAAAUAUUAGUCUUUUUCGGUGCGCAAAAAUAACUUUGAAACUUUACCAGUUUAAUCGCGAAGUUAAACAGCUCGUUAAUUCAAUCCAAGAACUACGCCGUAACUCGUAGUCGGUACUUAUCAUUGUGGAGUUCCGAACCGUUCAUCAAAAUUCCUCCAGCUGCGGUAAACGAAGGAUCCUCUCUCCGAACUGCUAAUUGGUGGUCGGAGAUGCUGGCCGCGUGCGAGACGGGCGAGGUGUUCGCGCUGCUCGAGGCGCGCGACGCGCUCGAGCACUGCGCCGCGCUGUACGCCGCCGUGCGCGAGCCCUGGCUCACGCGCGCGCUGCUGCGCUAUCACGCGCGCACCGGCUCAGCGCGCGCGGUCGAGCUGCUGGCGCGCGCGCCCGACGCGCACGCGCGCCAUCUGCUCGACGCGCUACUCGACCAGCUGCGCGGCGAGCGUGCGCCGCGCGAGCACGCGCUGGCCGCGCUCGCGCCGCUGCUGGCGCGCCGCCCUGCCUGGCUACACCGCCUACCCGCGCACCCGCUGGCGCGCGAGCUGCUGCGCGCCGCCGCCCGCGAGAGCGCGCCGCUGCCGCUGCUGCACGCGCUGUUGGCGCUGGCCGCGCUGCUUCCCGCCGCGCCCGCACUUGCGCCGCCGCACUGGCCCGAGCUGGCCGACGCGCUGCUGCGUCCCGCCGCGCUGCCGCCGCCGCGCAGCCCGCACCUGCCGCUGGCGCAGCGCGCGCUGUUCCGCGCGCUCUACGCUGCGCACCCCGCCGCGCUGCUGGCCGCGCUGCGCCACGAGGCCGCCGCGCCGCCCGCGCGCGCCGCUCUGCGUGCCCUCGCCGCGCUGCUGCGCCGCGAGCGCCUGCACCCCGCACUGCUCACUGGCGAACCCGCACCCGAGCGAGGCGCGCUGGCACCCCCGGCCGCCGCGCCCUCGCCGCCCGUGCCCCCCGUAGCUCCACCUGCUGGGUGCGGUGCUGGCGCCGCUCGCGCCAACGCCGCGCUGCGCCCCGGCGCCGAGCCGUGGUUCGCGCUGGCGGAGCGCUGCGGCGCCGACUCCGCGCCCGCCACGCCGCUGCCGGCCGAGCCGGCGCCCGACCCCGAGCCCGAGGCGGCCGUGGAGGCCACGCCCGAGAACACGCCCGCCAAGGAGCCGCGCACCGCGCCGCGCCCCGCCGCCGACUCGGGCGCCGUCCGCGCGUUGGGCCGCAAGGAGGCGUCGCCGCCGGGCGCGGGCGACGCGCUGGCGGCGCGGCUGGCGCGCGUGGCGCUGGAGCGGCGCGCGGCCGACUCGCCCGUGCCCAUGGGAGGCGCUCCGCCGGUGGGUGCGGCGCGGCCGCUGCCCCGCCGCGAGCCGCUGGACGGCGAGGACCGCGAGGUGUUGGAGCUGACGGAGGGCGCGGCGGAAGACGCGUGGCCCGCGGACGACGAGCCGCCGCCGCCCGUGCCCGACCCGCGCGCGCUGGAGCGCGGCCGCCCGCCGGCGCGCGGACACGCGGCGCCCGCGCGGCGCUCCGCGUCUUGCUCGGGCGAAGCGCGCGGGCGCGGCUCGUGCUCGGUGGCGGUGCAGACGCUGGACGUGUGGCCGGCGCCGUACGAGUUCCUGAUCGCCGACUUCUAUAGCAAUUUUCCCGCUGAAGAUAACAAGCAGAGCGACGAGGCGGGCGACGACGACGACGCGGACGACGACGACGACAGCACGCGCAGCGCCGCGCCCUGCGCGCGCCUCGACCGCUACCUCGCCGCGCUGUACUCCGGCGCGCCCGCGCCCGCCGCCGAGCCCGCCGAGCAGCUGGCGCUGCUGCACGCGCAGCUCAUGUUCGAGCGCUGGCGCCGCGAGGCGCACGCCGAGCGCAACCGCCGCCUGCUGGGCCGCUGCCGCCAGGCGCGCGCGCUCGAGCUGCAGAACGCGACGCUGCGCGAGCGCCUGCGCGCCGCCGCCGCCGAGCGCGACGAGCUGCUGCGCCGCCUCGCGCGCCCAGCGCCGCCCGCCGCGGUGCCCGCCGAGCGCGAGCUGCGCCUCGAGGCCGCGCUGGCCGAGGAGGGCGCGGCGCGGCUGCGCGCCGAGGCGGCGCUGCGCGAGUCGGAGGCGGCGCGCGCGCGCGAUGCGGCCGAGCUGCGGCGCUCGCGCGGCGAGUCGUGGGAGGCGGCGCGCCACGUGGAGGCGCUGGCGCGCGCCGCGCUGGCGGCCGAGCGGCGCGCCGAGCACGUGCGGCGGCUGCGGCGCGAGUUGCUGGUGCUGGCGGAGCGCGAGGCGCGGCUGGGCGGCGCGCUGCGCGGUGCGGGUGGCGGAAUGGACGCGGCGCGCGCGGCGAGCGAAGCGCGCGCCUUGCGCGCGGCGGCGGCGCGCGCGGAGGCGGAGGCGGAGACGGCGCGCGCGGCGGCGGAGGCAGCUGGCGCGCGCGCUCACGAGCUCGAGGCGGCGCUGGCGGCGCGCGAGGCUGCGGUGGCGGAGCUGCGGCGCGGCGCGCGCGCGGCGGCGGAGGAGGCGGGCGCGAGGCAGCGCGCGCUGCAAGACAAGUGCGCGGCGCUGGCGCGUGCGGUGCGCGCGGGCGAGGCGCGGCGGCUGGAGCGGCUGGCGGGCGCGGUCGCUGAGCACAGCUAAGGCGCGGACGUUUCAAUAUGUCUCGAUGUAGAGAAACUUCUCGUGCAGCUGAUUUCCGCUCGAUACAUGCAGAGCUCAUACUUCACAGUUGAUUGUAUUGAUGUAGCUUCAUUUACCCGACUGGAAGCCAAAGGGAAGGGUAAUGAUUUUAGCAGUCUAUGUAUGUAUGUGUGUAUGUUUGUAUCCAGAUUCUGUGUGUUCCACGGUAGCGUCUAAAUUACUGGGCCAAUUUUUAUGAAUGAGGUGCCAAU